AAAGAUCCCGGAUUCUUUUGAGCUUAGUGCUUAGCGCUUUGUCCACCGGAAAAUGCAAAUUCCAAUUUAACGGAAAAACUAAAAGAAAGAAAGAAUGAGAAUCAAUUUACUGUUUGGUAAAAAGUAAGAGAGAAAAAACUGACAUAGCUUAAGAAGAAGGAAAGAGAAAGACCUCUGAAAUUCGGUGAAGUUAACUACUAUUCAACGGUAUUCAAUUUUAGUACAAGUUUUCAAAGUACUAUAAUAUUGGUAUGGCACAAGAUGACCACUCACAAGUAAAACCAAAGCCUUCCCCUCAGCUUGUGGAACCACGAAUCUCCACCAUGAUUCCCACAGCUUCAUGGUUUACACCCAAAAGGCUACUUGCUAUAUUUUGUGUGAUUAACUUGUUAAACUAUGUGGAUCGAGGAGCCAUUGCAAGCAAUGGUGUUAAUGGAAGUAAGGGAACGUGCACUGAGGGUGGUACCUGCACUUCUGGCUCUGGAAUACAGGGGGAUUUUAACUUGAACAAUUUUGAAGAUGGAGUUUUAUCAUCUGCUUUUAUGGUUGGACUUCUUGUGGCUUCUCCAAUAUUUGCCUCUCUAGCAAAGAGUGUAAACCCAUUUAGACUUAUAGGUGUUGGGUUGUCAGUUUGGACUCUUGCAACCCUAUGUUGUGGAUUUUCUUUUAAUUUCUGGUCCAUUUCAAUCUGUCGCAUGCUAGUUGGUGUUGGCGAGGCUUCAUUUAUAAGUCUUGCAGCACCUUUUAUUGAUGACAAUGCCCCAGUUACUCAGAAAACAGCAUGGCUUGCAAUAUUUUACAUGUGCAUACCAUCGGGCUAUGCACUUGGCUACGUCUACGGUGGUUUGGUUGGAAGUCAUUUGGGUUGGCGUUAUGCAUUCUGGGUAGAGUCUUUGUUUAUGGUUCCGUUUGCUAUUUCAGGACUUUUUAUGAAGCCUCUGCAAUUGAGAGGCUUUGUUCCUGCUGAUUCAAAAAAGACACUGACACCUGAAACAGUUGCAUCAGGAGUUCAAGUUAUGGAGGCUUCAAAUGGAAAAGAUGAGCCACUGUCCUUAAAGGCAGAGCUUAGAGAUAAAAGCUCAAAUGAUCAUUCCAAGUCAAAAUCUGUAACCCAAAUAUUUGAGAAGUUCUCGAGAUUUUUGAAUGAUAUGAAAGAACUUUUGCUUGAUAAGGUUUAUGUUGUCAAUGUUCUAGGUUACAUAGCAUACAACUUUGUCAUAGGUGCUUACUCAUACUGGGGGCCCAAAGCUGGCUAUAAUAUAUAUCACAUGACUGAUGCAGAUUUGAUAUUUGGAGGAAUUACAAUUGUAUGUGGAAUAGUGGGCACUUUAGCUGGAGGCUUCGUUCUGGAUUAUAUGAGUAACACCUUAUCAAAUGCAUUUAAGCUUCUCUCAAUUACUACAUUUAUUGGUGCUGCAUUUUGUUUUGGUGCCUUCUUAUUCAGAAGCAUGUAUGGCUUCCUUGCUCUUUUCUCUAUUGGUGAACUUCUUGUUUUUGCCACUCAGGGUCCUGUGAAUUAUGUAUGUCUACGUUGUGUUAAACCAAGUUUGAGGCCUCUAUCUAUGGCUAUGUCUACUGUUGUUAUUCAUAUCUUUGGCGAUGUACCUUCCUCGCCUCUUGUUGGAGUUCUCCAGGAUAACAUUAACAACUGGAGAACGACAGCAUUGAUUCUAACAUCAAUAUUGUUUCUAGCAGCUGGAAUAUGGUUUAUUGGAAUAUUUUUGCAUACUGUGGAUAGAUUUGAUGAAGACAGUGAACAUCAAGUAUCAAACGUUGAAAGGUCAAACACCAUGCCGUUGCUUCAAGAGAAGACUGGAGAAACAUCAGCAUUUCCUGCUCAAUCCCAAUAAUGAGUUUCUUUUAUGCCUGUUCAGACACAGUAUUUCACACAAUGAUAACCACUAUGAAGUAAAUAUUUUUUUUUUUGUACAUCCAAUGAGUACAUGUAUUUGCUUUUGGUUAAUGGAAAUUAUUUGGCAAGAGUAUAUUUCAGUUUUAUGCUUCAUCAUCUUGUGCUUAACAUAUAUGUAACUUUAGUUUUGGAAUAAAAUUGCUACUGGCUAUCCUUCAAA